AUGCACGUCUUCAACAGCGCAACGGAGCUUGCUGAGCCUGAUGGGACUAAGAGAGGCGUGAAAACAACGAGCGCCUGCACUUAUAUCUCACCAGAGCGCCUUGAGGCCACGCCGCCAGCAAGCCCUACUCCGCGUAAUUCAGCAAACAAGCUCUGGACUAAAUGUACUCGUCGCGAGGCCUACAACCAACACAUGAGAAUAUGGGCAUCCCAUCACGAUUCGUCCGCCUACUUCCAAGGCAGCAUCAGUCUGCAUCCGCAAGGCACUUUCCCUACUGAAGAUGUGGAAUUGGGCAUGUCGGUCAACUGCAUCUUGACUGAUGCGUCUGCUAGAGGCAAAUCGAAGAGCAUCAUUGUCCGCUUGUUCAAAUCUCAGCGGUAUGACGCCCAUGAUUCUCGACAGAAAGUGCGGGGGAAGAGGGAAGCUCAGGUUGCGCCUUAUCUACUGGUCAUUCGUAGUGGGUCAGGUUGGAUAACCGCUCGUCAGUAUCUUGACCAGCUUCAUUUUGCUCAGCAUACGGACAUUGGGAAGGAGAGGGAGGCUGAUCCCCAGCAACUCUCAAUCUCAACUCGCUCGAGGCACCUCAGAGCUCCUGCUUCUGCAAAAGAUAUCAUCAAGAUAAGCCCGCUGUUCCGGCCAUUCCUUAGACUACCGCAAGAGCUGCAGGACGAGAUUCUUUACAAGGCGGCCGGCUACACUCGCGAUAUUUGUCUUAGUCAUACAGACUGUGCUGGACGUUCUUCAUUGGUGUCGGAACCCCCGAUCACAAUAUCGAAGCUUUUUCGGAUAUCCAAACGCGCCAACGAGGAUCUGGUGCCCCACAUCUUCUGCAGUACAAACUUCCAUUUCGGCAUGACAGGCUUCACCAAGUUCCUCUGGCAACUGGGACCUACCAAUCGUUCUGAGCUACGGCACAUCACCUUCCACUUUGGCAAGGCGUCUCUGCUGCAUUGCAUGCGCUGGAUGGCACCAGACACGGUCUGGGAAUUAUUCAAACCUCCAGUGGCAUCAAGUCCCCCAACUUUGACGUAUUUCUGGCGAUGCCAGCUUCGGGACUUGAUGAAAGAGUUGACCCUCUUGACGUUGACGAUCGACAUAACAGACGUGCCGCCCGCCGAUGUGCCCAUGCUCGUCAGGAUCAUCAACACCGCUGUGGACAGUGUCGAGCGCAUCCGAGUCAUUGACAAUAAGUUCCGCUCUGGAAGCUGUGCUGAAAAUGGCGCACAGGACCUGAGCGCGCGAUUCCCAGACAUGCAACAUUCUACGUGGAGGGAACUCAGUCUGCAGUAUCACAAGGACUACAAGUGCCACAGGUGGCACAUGCAGAAUAUACUGGUAAUGCGCAAUGUGGACUACAACUACGUGCCGAUCUUGGAGACAUGGAUGAACCAAGAAAAGAGUUUCUUUGACUCGUAG